AUGACUAGUUGGUCCCGUUAUGAUACCGCCGAGGAAAGGCUUCCCGAUGGCAUGAUUUCUGUUGCGUAUGACGCCGAUACGGAGAUAUACACGUACUGUGAUAGUGAUGGUGGCAUGUGGGAAAGUCCUCGCGGAUGCCGGUAUGGCCAUCUAGCCCGUGUUUGUCCCGACGCUCCAACUCUGCCCUCGAUCUGGCUUCCUACCGAUGUCGACUACCCUGAACCAGAUCUCCUCGACGAUUAUUCUGAAGGUGAUGAAGCCGCUCCAUCACACAGAAUAGAAGCACCUAGCCGGGAGACCUCGACCCUAUCGCGCCCAACCGACGCCGACGGGGCCGACAAUCAUCAUGACAACAAAGUUUCCGACUCUCGAAAGUCCUUUAUUCCCCGGAAGGCGGAUGAUAUACCACGAGGAGUACCGCGAAGUACUGUCCUCUCUAAACUCUACUCGUUCCUGCGGGUUUCGCCUUCAGCUUCCCGAAAGAGUAAGGGCAACGAACAUGAACAUGAAGGACCUCGAAGGGAGGUUAGUGGGUAG